AUGGAGGCGGUCAUUAUAGUUGCGAUCAUAUUCUCCGUUUUUGUGAUGCCCAUUUUGGUCAUUUUUUGCGCGAUAUGUCGCGGAUGCCAGCUGGAUAAGGAUAAAAGACGUGACGUGGAAAUAGCUAAUGGGGCCUGCGGAUUACGAGACGGGAAUAUGGUUGUUUUGGCAGGCGCCGGAGGAGCUUCCAUCGUUGGUGGUGCUGCGGCAGCGACAGUGGUUAGUAGCGGUGAUAGGGACAAGGGUGGUGGCGGUUGUGGAGCAGCAACUGGAACCAGCACUACUACAGAUGCUGGUACUUACCAAAAUUGUUGCUGCGGUGGCCGUGGCCGUGGCGAUGAUGGUGGCUGUGGUUGUGGCGGUUGUGGUGGAUGUGGAGAUUAA